CUACUGCUAAAUGUCGAACAGCACUCCUACGCCUCCUCCAUCGCCACCGCCACCACCACCGUCUCCAGCGUCGGUAACGCAGCCCCCCACCGCCAAGACACCCCUUUCCGAGCUGAACCUGGAUGUGAUUAAUAACAGCAACAACCGUAUCAGUAAACCACAAAAUGCAAUCCUUUCUUCCGGUGAAUGUGUGUGGGCGACACAGUAUCCCGAGAUACAGAAGGCGUGCUUCCUGAACCGUGUCUGCCAGUAUGCACCACCGCGCGAACUACGGGUACAGAACAUUGAACCGAUACUGCAGAAUGGGCCCACCUGUGGGCUGACCGCGCUUAGCAUGAUUUUCGACGGGGCACCAUCGUCGAAGGCGCUGCUAGAGCUGGCCAUUGCCCGCGGCUACUCGAACAAUGGCGAAAUGUUUAGUGCCCGCCAGCUGAACGAACUGUUCGAGCAGGUGCUGGAGGAAAACCGGCAUUUGGUGGAGUAUAAGCCCGUCACGCACACGCUGGUCGGUGGAUGGAUGGACGAUCCGAACAUCCAGAUCAAGCUGCGGCUAGGUGCAAUGUUUCUCGUGCCUUACGAUCCGGACAAAAACCAUACACCCUGCCUUAACAAAGGACACCGGGCACACUGGGCGCUCGUUGUCGGAUAUCUGAUUGACCAGUUUGACGACUUUUACGUGUUUGCACGUCACGGAAAAACGAAAAACCUCGCCCUAUGGUCACUGCGGGACCUCUCCCGAAGCAAUGGGAAUCUAGUCGAGUUCUGCCAACCGGUAGGCCAUCCGAACGAAACGUUCAUCCUGCCCGAGGGUGGCAUGGGCGGAUGCAAUGGACUGCGGUGCAAAUUCAUCAUGAUCGAACAUUACAAGGCUAAAAACGAGAUCGUACUUGGACUUUGA